UUCAUUCACUGUUGCGGCUUUCAUCACUUGUUAAAUCACAGCAUGUCAAGAGUCCCCGAACCACUUAUCAUCGGAAGAGUCAUAGGAGAGGUGGUGGACAUUUUCUCCCCCACCGUCAAAAUGACAGUAACUUACAACUCCAACAAACAAGUCGCCAAUGGUCACGAGCUCAUGCCCGCCGUCAUCGCCGCUAGACCUCGGGUCGAGAUCAGCGGCGACGACAUGAGACCUUGUUACACUUUAAUCAUGGUAGAUCCUGAUGCUCCAAGCCCUAGUGAUCCCUACUUGAGAGAGCAUUUGCACUGGAUGGUUACGGACAUUCCGGGUACAACUGAUGCUUCAUUCGGGAGGGAAGUUGUUGCCUACGAGACUCCAAAGCCAACAGUAGGGAUCCAUAGGUACGUGUUCAUGUUGUUCAAACAGAGUGGGAGACAAACGGUGAGGCCACCAUCUUCAAGGGAUUACUUCAACACCAGGAGGUUCUCCGCCGACAAUGGCCUGGGACUUCCGGUGGCUGCUGUGUACUUCAAUGCCCAGAGAGAAACUGCUGCAAGAUCAAGAAGAUGAAUCCGAUAUUCUCCAUAAUCAUAAUACUAAUCAUUAAAUAAGUAAUGGAGAUCAAGAUGUUUAGGGUUUAGUACGCGGGGUAAUCUUGUACUGUUUGUGUUUUA